AUGACGCUUUCCAGCACACCUAAAAACCGCAGCAACAGAUUUGAAAAUGAUGGAAUUAGUAUAAAUGGGAAUAAACAGCACGCAAGUGGUAAAAAAGUGCGACAAUUCACCACCCGGUCCAGGAGUAAGAGCGCAGCAAGUUUCAAAGGGUUGAACAAGCUGCGAAGAGUCCUUACACAUGAUGGAACGUAUGAACCUGAAGAAAAUUAUCCGCGUCGAUCAGAUUCGAUCAAAAAGUCUAAGAGUUCGGAUUCGUUGACGCGGCGGAGGGCUAUCAGCGCUCUAAGUAUGACGACGCUGGGGAAGAGCCGAAAUACCACAGGAGCAGCUUUUAACGCAAAUAACGGUACGUCAGGUCCAUCUUCACCUGGCGUGGGGUUAAAGCCUCAAAGAAGACACAGCGUCAAGUCUGUUCUUGAGCUACGAGAGGGCGAAGAGAUGUACGAUGAUCAGUCGACCACGGACGAGGAAGUUGAGUAUUUCACUGACGAGGAAGAUGGACAUGAGAAAGAGACAGAACUGAGAUGCAACACGCGUGAUGAAGAUGAAAGAAGGUCUGACGAAAGAACGGUGCACGAAGACUUGGGAUCAAAUGAAGCCGCAGACAUUGACGAAAGCAGUGAUACCUCGUCAAGACAGAGCAGCAAUAAGACACUUAUGAAUCCUCAACUCAGUUACAAGCCUCCUUGUAACUUACUGCAAGAGAAUGAAGACCGUAUUGAUCAGGAUCAAGAUGAGGAUACAAUCAACAAUACAGACGAUAUUGUCACGACGACGAACAGCUUGAGACGAGAUGUGAGAAACGAGGCCGAGGCUUACUUACAAGGUUUGCAAGAUAGCAACUCAUUUCAGUCGAAAAAUGGGAGCGCAGAUAAUUUCAUACCCUCGAUGAUUCUUUCUCAAUCCACAGGCGUUGAGAAACAUUUCGAUCCACCCUCUGGGACUAAAUCAUCCUCAAAAAUAGCCGACUAUCAUCUUCUAAACCAAGUGAAGUCCGCACGUAAAAAUAUGAGUUUUGCCGACGCAAGUGAAAAAUCGGAUUAUAACAUAAACGGGAAAUUAUCACAUAAUAAUUUAGGUUCGGGACCAACGGCGGGGACAAGUCACAGUGAUGCAAGGAGCAACUUCUCUACAUCAAUAUCGAGCUUGACAACACAUCUUGAGCCUCAAAGUAUGGCUAACAAUCGGGCGCAGUACAUGCCUCGCAGCAAAGCAGCUGCAAAGCCCUCUAUGCUAACAAAUAGUGUGGUCAGCUCUUUUUCCCCGAAUUUAUCAAAGGGCAAAGCAGGAGAUUUCUUGCCCAAUAUCAACAACUUCUCGCAAUUUUUGCAAUCGGAGAAGGGCGGUGCCGAAUCAAGAACUCAACAGAAGCUCUGGCUACAGCGAGAAAACUCAAUAAUAGAUCUAUCAUCCCAAAGCUCGGGAUUAAGCUCCGUGUUUUUGGCCUCGAACAUCGAAGUGAAAAAGGAGUUCGAAAGAAUAUCUAGGGAGUAUGUUAAUGUGAGACGGUUCAACAAUCCACUAAAUGAUUCCCUGGGUAGAGUCGCUCCCAAAGAUCGGCUUGGAGCUAGAAGACUGAAUUCAUUACCAGGUCAAGAAGAUAAUAUGUCCAAGUUUUUGCACAUGGCAAAUGCAAAAAAUGCAAAGCCCUUACUGGAUCUGAUAGAGCAGAAUUUGGGCCAUGAACAUGAUAUCCAUCAAGUUUUAUCUCAAAUUUGGAAUGAGGAAACCGCCAAAUUUAACAGAGACCUUGAUACCGGCAGAGAUGAAAAGUCAAAUUCAUAUUCAAAUGGAGCCUUUCCGUCCUUACGCCGGCAGGGCCGCUCUUCUCUAAGAAAUAAUGGUGGAUCCUUUCCCUCACCGCAUCAGAGAAUGAUAGGAUCUGCUCAACCGACUACAAGGGCUGUGAAUCGAAGAAUGGAAAAUGCUCUCAACCAGCAGCAAAAGUUUUAA